AUGGGUAUCUGGGACGCCUUUUGCGACAUCGUCGAGGCCGUUACGCCAUGUGGCGUUGUUGAGGCCGAAGCUCCUGCUCAGAGUCCCAAGGAGGAGCAGGCCGCCGAGACCGAGUCCAAGGACGAAGGGGCGUCUGAGGACGCUGCUGAGGAAGCUACCGAGGGCGCCGAGGACGCAGAGGAGGGGGAAGACGAAGAGGAGGACGAGGACGAAGACGAGGACGAAGAAGAGAUUGUCGACCCCAAGGAGACUCUUGAGGAAGAAUGCAAAAACUCUGCUCAAUGUGCCCCCGCCAAGCACCACUUCGACGAGUGUGUUGAGCGUGUUCAGCACCAAGAGAGCGAAGGCGAGGCCAAAGAGGAUUGCGUCGAGGAGUUCUUCCAUCUUGCCCACUGCGCCAGCGGGUGUGCCGCUCCCAAGCUGUGGUCUAAGCUCCGAUAA